AGAAGAUAUGUAGUGCAGGUUUCUGCAAUAUAUCUAGAUCACUUGAAGGGGAUACGUUCGUCUAGCAGUGCAACAAUAUUGGCGACUUCUCUUUGAAUAUUUUAGCAUGCAGUUCGCUUUUUCUUGCGUCUUCUUGCUGACAGUAUGCAGUUCGUUGGCAAUUGCUGCUCAUCAUCAAAGAGUCGUUUUGAUGAUACCAAAACAAAUCAGACGAAGUCCAGUUGCUCCAUGGCAGGGUCAUCAUAUGCGACCUUCGCAAUUUAGAAAAUCUCAUUAUGGAGCUGAAGAAGAACAGCCCCACUUUUAUAAUCGACCUAACAAUAUUAUUUACGGAAAACAUACUAUUCGUCCUAACAUAAAUCAUCUUCCUCAUGGUGGUGAUGAUUUUGACCAGGAUCACGAUGGCGUUAACAAUAUUGUUAUUCCCCAUGGAAAAGGAAUAAGUCACGGAAUAUCCUUUGGUCGAGGAUACAUUCCCUAUGACAGAAUUAAGGGAAAUAACUCACCAGUAAAUGAAGAUCACAGCUCUACUGAAAACCACAAUCAUGACGAAUCAUCGGAAGAUGAAUCUUCUUUUUCACCAGCAGACCCAAGUCACGUGACUUUAACUUCAAAUAGUGACACAGAUUCCUUUUAUAGAGACCAAAGUGGAGCUUAUCAAUCCCAGAUUAAUGGAAAAAUAAAAAAUGUUGACAAAAAUUUGUAUUCGAGAUCAAUUCAAAAUAAUUUUGGAUCUAAAAACUCAUUUGAUUCCACGAAUAUUGCUUUAAGUGGUGAAGAAAAACCGUCUCUUCAAGUGAGCCCUGAUUCUUCUGAAUCCCACGAUUUUUCGGCUUUUCAACUUUCCGAAACUGAAUCGACAUCAACAUCUCCAAUCAUCGUUCCAUCAGUCAAAAUUGGAGGCAGCACUCACGGUGUUAUAAUUCGAGAUAGCAUAUCUCUCGAUGAUUAUAACCAAAAAGUUGAAGAGUUUACAAAAUCUUGGCCAGGUGUGGUCAAUAUUCCAGGAAUUCAUGGAAGCAAUUUAGCUGCACAAACAAUUCAGCAAUUGCCAGCUUCUGCUUUUUCUGGGUCCAGUUUUCCUGCGGCAUCACCUUGGAGAUCAUCUUUUGCUCAAGGAAGACAGAGCUAUGCUGUUAAGGAAGAUCUUUCAGAACCACAAAUUGAUUUUAGGACAAUGAAUUUCCAGAAUUCUCAAUUUCAACACACAUUUCCUAUUCCGGGUAAUGCUAAUUUGCCUAAUAUUCAGACUCACCAUGGUUAAUCAUUGUUAUGUUGCACUCUCAACUCGGUAAUUUUUUCUUCAGAGAAUAUGUUAUUUUGAUAAAAUUGAUUCAAGUGGUCACUAGAACUUUCAGAGGCAAACAAUAAUUAUUACUCUGGAUGAGAUAUUAUUUAUAAAUAAAAAAGGUAUUUAUAGAAAUAUAUUCAUAGAAAAGAAUUGCCGAGUUCUGUAUGCAGGCUGUACAAAAUGUUGCUUUCUGCAGCUUUUUGUUUUGUUCUUAGAAGAGAUGGUCACGUUGAUAGUUUUAAAUCAUGUGACCUAAUGUUAAGUUGUUAUUAGUGUGUUUAAGUCUGUGUGAUUUUUACAAUCUUUCUUUUAAAAACGAUUUAGAACAGUGGGUCAAAAGGUUCUUAUACUAUCCAUUUUUAUCCAUUUUUAAACAUUUAAUGAUAUAAUAGCUCAUUUUUAUAGGAUGUAGGUUAUUUAUCGUGUGAUACGUAAUAGUGCUAAUUUUAUAUAAGGUUGUUAAACCUGGACUGAAUUGAUAACUUGUUGCUUUUUAUACUUUUGCUCUACGAUAAUAUUUUUGACAAGUGCAUUGUGAUCAAAUUAAAAAAGCAUUGAUACUAUCUUAUAAUAAUUGCAUCAAUUCUGAACUUUGUAAGGAAGACAAAUGAUAUAGAAUUACAUAAAGAAAUAAAAUAAAGUUUUUCAGAUA